AAGACUUUGAUCAUGAUGUUUGGAAGAUUAUCGCCGUGUAAGAGGGUGGUCCAUGGCGGAGCCACCACCGUUUGCCGUCGGGUAAUAAUAAGGAAUUGGCACAGAGAUGGCGGGAGCAUGGUGGACGUGGCGUGGGAAAAGCCGAAGGUCGGGUGGACGAAGUUGAACUUCGACGGGUCGUGCAGAUGGGAGACCGGUGCAUCCAGCAUCGGCGGCGUGCUCAGAAACCACGACGCCGAGUUCCUGUUCGGAUACGCCGAGCCCGUCGUGGGGUCCGCGUCAUCGUCAUCCGACGGUAAUGUUGCUGAGUUGGCGGCGCUGCGUCGUGGCCUCCAGAUUCUCACGGAAGACGAAAACCGUUGGAUCACUCAAAAAGGCCCAUUGCAUAAUAAUCUAUGGAUAGAAGGAGACUCCAAGAAUUUGGUUGACGCCGUGUUGCACCGAGAGCCACGCCGCCGGCGGUUUAAGUGCGAGGAUUUUCAGGAACAGGUGGAGGAGAUAAGACUGAUAAUCAGACAACUUAAGACGUUCUGCCGCUGCGAUCUGACGCAUGUUUACAAGGAUGGGAACAGAGCCGCACAUAAAUUGGCGGAGAUCGGCCACCGUCUCCAAUCUCCCCAAGUAUGGUGCCGCCUUGCUCCGCCGCCGCAACUUCUCCCCAUUCUCAGCCAAGAUGCGCAAGCCAAGGUUAUUCAACGUAGAAUUCGACACACAAAGUUGUGUUAGUAGGUUUUUGCCCAUAGUAUUAAUAUACUCUCUCCGUCCCAUAAAAUCUUUCUCUUUUCUUUUUUUAUCCGUCCCACAAAACAUUUUUCAUUUCUAUUAAAAAGUCACUUUUACUCCUUACUUUUUCAUACCCCAACUAUCACAUCAUACCUUUUUACUAAUAAUCUAUCCAUCAAAUCAUACUUUUACACAUCACAUCAAAGGACAUUGUUGGAAAUUCAAUACCAAAAUACACUCUCCUUAAAUCUUUCCUAAAAAGCAAAACUCCCAUGUUUUACGGGACGGAGGGAAUAUAUUACUACUCCCUUC